GGUGGUUUUCUUUAGACUCGAAUUCCUUUCUGUAUAAAACUUUAAAUAUCUUUUUAACCCUAGAUUUACGAAGGCCAUUGUCGAUUUGUCGGUAAUCCCAGAAUCCCACCACGAAAGAAACAGGUUUUGUUACGGUAAAUCGUUCCCUUCGCUUCGUUCUUCCUUCAUCUGAAGCAGUGCCUACUUUGAUCUGUUGCUUUCGAGCGAAUCGUCAAUGAUUUGCUUAAAACUGUGCUCGUGUCCUGCUUCGGAGUGAAUAGCAAAAGUCUGGGAUUUUUUUAGUUAAAAUAAAAUCAGGGUUUUCUUAUUCGUGAUUAUGCAUAGAUCUGGAGCUACGAUGGCUUGGAACGUUUUCAAGUUCUGCACUGCUUUGCGAGGGCUUGGCUCGAUCAUGAUCCUCUUGGUUCUUGGUGUUGUGGGGGUCAGUUAUUAUGCUGUCGUUUUUACUACUUAUGGCCCUGCUCUGUCCGCUGGGUGGCCUGAUUCUGUCAUUGCCAUGGCGGUGUUGAUCUUGUUUCAUUGUUUGUUGGUUAUGCUAUUGUGGAGUUACUUUGCUACUGUCCUUACGGAUCCCGGAUGUGUGCCUCCUAAUUGGAGGCCUGCUAUUGAUGAGGAGAGAGGAGAAGCUGACCCAUUAAACGGAUCAGAAUUUAGUAAUGUGCCGUCAGAUCCUUCAAGUCAACGAAUCCGGUUCUGCAGGAAGUGCAAUCAACUUAAACCACCUCGAUGUCAUCAUUGUUCAGUUUGCGGACGAUGCGUGCUGAAGAUGGAUCACCACUGUGUUUGGGUAGUUAACUGUGUUGGUGCUCUAAACUACAAGUAUUUUCUUCUGUUCCUGUUCUACACAUUUCUUGAGACAACUCUUGUGACAGUAUCAUUGUUGCCAAACUUCAUUGCAUUCUUUAGUGAUGGAGAAAUUCCCGGGACACCUAGCACACUCGCAACAACUUUUCUUGCUUUUGUUUUGAACCUGGCAUUUGCAUUGAGCGUUUUUGGAUUUCUUAUUAUGCACGUGUCUUUGGUGUCUGCUAAUACAACGACUAUUGAGGCAUAUGAGAAGAAAACAACUCCAAAAUGGCGUUAUGACCUUGGUCGUAGAAAAAAUUUUGAACAGGUCUUUGGGAUGGACAAGCAAUACUGGCUUAUACCUGCUUACUCUGAAGAAGAUAAAAGAAGGAUGCCAGUGCUUCAAGGUCUUGAGUAUCCAUCCAAACCCGACUUUGAUUCCCAAGAAUACUGACAGCUACUGAUGGAACAUCAGGAAAACCUGUAAUUUCCUUGUAAAAUAAUACAACAUACGAGGAGUCUCCGGGUAUCCAUCUUACUUUCGGCCUCUAACUGAAUCCUAAGCAAGUGACUAAUCUGAGCUCCCUUGCAAAUCAUUCCCCUGUGGCACUUGGUAUGGCUAAACUUUCAGAGGAGCCCUCCUGGUGUUUAGAGAGAUGAGAGUUUAAGCUUAGGGGAGAUCUUAUAUGCAGUUUGGUAAGUGUUUGAUGUUAAGCUUUUCAAUAAAUCUAUAACACGAGGAAGAUAUAGUUCAAAGAAGUAAGAUGGAUGAAAGUCCAUCAUGUGUUACAUUUUUUAUUGAAAUAGCCUAACAUCUCACACUUGCUGAACUGUGUCUCACCCUUGUCCUGAUUGGGAUUAUUGAUGCUUUUAUGAGGCUAUGCAGGAUCAGGGAGUGUAUGAUAAGAAAUGCAAUUCAAUUUUUUUCCCCUUUUCUUUUCAUCUGGUCACAUACUGAUGUUGCCUGAAUUGAUUGAUCACUUUGAUAUUUGAUCUAUGCUUUGCACAGUUGUGGUUUGAGUUCCUUAUUGUACAAAUAUCCAUUUCACAUGUCAGUGAUUGUUGUGUAACUUGA